GAUAACCUCACCCAAGCUAUAUAAGAGACAACAGUCAACAGCCCAUUUUCAUAAUCGACAUUCCAAAUAGAGGUGAGCUCUGGAAUCAAAACCUCAAAUUCAGUGAAGAGACCAUUCCAAUUUCCAUUCAGCAAUACAGUGUGACCUGUUUCAUUCAGCACUUGGCUUCAGAUGGAACCGGAUAGAUUAAAUUCUCCACACACAUCUGCAAUCAUGUUUGAGGCGCUAGGAUACCAACUUCAGUUUUCUCAGGAUCCUAAUUCCAAACACUUGGGUACUACAGUUUGGGAUGCAUCAAUGGUUUUGGUCAAGUUUCUGGAGAAAAAUUGUCGAAAAGGAAGGUUUCGUCCAUCCAAAUUGAAGGGGAAGCGUGUAAUUGAACUUGGAGCAGGUUGUGGAGUAGCUGGAUUUGGCAUGGCAUUGCUUGGAUGUGAUGUUGUUUCAACAGACCAAACUGAGGUGUUGCCAUUGUUGAUGAGAAAUGUUGAACGUAAUACUUCCAGGGUAACGCAGAUGAACCCUGAUUCAGAUUCAUUUGGUUCCAUAAAGGUUGCAGAGUUAAACUGGGGUGAUGAAGAUCAAAUCAAAGCUGUUGAACCACCGUUUGACUACAUCAUUGGCACUGAUGUUGUUUAUGCAGAGCACCUCCUGGAACCACUUCUGCAGACAAUUCUUGCACUAUCUGGACCCAAAACCACAAUUUUGUUGGGAUAUGAAAUUCGCUCAACGAAUGUCCAUGAAAAAAUGCUUGAACUGUGGAAGAGAAAUUUUGAGGUCAAAACGGUUCCAAAAGCAAAGAUGGACAGUAACUACCAGCAUCCUAGCAUCCAAUUAUUCAUAAUGAGCUUAAAGCCAUCCGUGGAGAGCGCAGAAAGUAUUGCACAUGGGCCCGCUCAGAAGACCAAGCUUUCUGGGUCCAGAGAACUUAAACACGGAUCAGAUGAAGAAGAUGAUGAUGAUAAUAGUUACAAGGCUGAUGAGGAUGAUUUGAGAGUGAAUGAAGUCAUAGUGGAUGACAAGCUAGUUGUAGAUCUGGAAAAUAAAAAGCUUAGUGAAUGGGAAACACGAAGAUAUGGUGCUAUAGCUGCUCGACUUCUUCGUGAUAUCAAGAUAACUUAAAUAUUCGAGGCAGAUCAAACAAUGCACAGCCAUUGACCAACGAACAUGCUGUCACAGUUGAUAUUGGGAUUCACUCCGAGGAACUGUUCCAGUGUCAGGUUGAACUGCGUUGCAACACCCUGACAGGUAUCACCGCUUUCUGCUCCAACAGCAUUAGUGCACUCUAGCGCUGCGUCUGUCUUUCCUCCUGCAGCCGUAUCGUGAUCAUUAGUUAGGAGAAACUAAAUAUAAUAGAAUAUAAAACUUCAAACAAAAGCUAGAAGUUGCAUUAUCGCAAAUAUUUGAAAGUAUACCAGUUAGAAUUCGACUCUCAGUGUGUGAUAGAAUCAGAAGAAAAGAGAGAACAGGAACCAUGAUGUAAAACUUGUCAGAUAUUUGAGCCAUUGAGGAUUUUUUUUUUCUCUAACUCUUGUUUUGAGCC